ACCGGCCAAUUAGAACUGCGGCGCGCCGAGUCGGUUGCCCGGAGAGACCAAUCACCGUUAUCUGCCCUUCGCUCUGUCAGACAUAAUGGCGCGCAAGGAAUUUCAAACGUUCGAGGGGGAGGGGGAGGAGCGGGGCUUAUAAGGGGGAGGAGCGGGCGGAGGAUGAAUAGCCUGUUGAUGGCGGCGGCGGCGGAGCCUGGCGCGGCUGGCCCGCGGAGUGUCACUGCUUGACGCCGGCCGCGCGGAGCGGCGCCUGGGGACGCCGCGUGCGGAGAAGAGGGAGGCGUCCCGCCCUCCCGCCUGAGGCGGAAAUCCCCCGCGUCGGCCUCUGCCGGGUACCGGAGGAGUGCUCUUCGCGCCCAGCCGCGCUGCCGCUCUGCCAUUGGAGGACGCGGAGGCGGAGGCCACGCCCCUCGCCCGCGAGGUGAGGGCGCAGGUGAGUUUGCGCGCGUCGAGCCCGGCCUCGGCCCCGCGGGAGCGGCGUCCUUUCGCCUCAGCCCGCGUUCAAAUCCGAAAGUGACAGCCGAGUGCCUUUUCCUUAGCGCCUCUGGAACCCAACGGCGUUAUAACCCUGGGCUGGGUGUGGGGGGGGGGAGCGGCAUUAUUCUCAAAACGGAUUCGCGCCAACAAUAUUCCUUACAGGAGCUUGCAAAGCAGUUUUCUCGGCACUCUUCUGGCUUGUUGCCAGUCACGCAGUAGGGCGGUGUUUCCCACCCUUUGAGAUGCGUGAAAAAGCGAAAUAAGCGGUCAUUUAGAAGACGGGAAGCGGGAAGUAAACCCUUCAGAAAUCCACAGCAGGGCAGUAUUUUUUUAUUGGGACCAACCAAAAUGUCGCAGAACAGUGCGGUUUUGAGAUCUCGGAAAGUGGCAAGGUGUCACCGAAAGCACCGGGUGGGGGAGAAAGUGGGGGGUUUUGUGGCUGGAGCACAGGUUCCGAUGUGAUUCUGUGGCUGGAAGCACAGCUAAAGGUGGGUACCGUGUUCCAUUACUUAAUACAGAAUGUGAAGCAACAAUCUUCUGCACUAUGAAGAUGUGAAGUCAAGUUACACAUUCCUAGACUGCUUAAUCUGGAUUAGUUACUUUGGCCAAUGCCCUAGCAUGUGUUCAUGGGUAAAAUGGGAUUAAUGGCAGGAGGUGGUCAUUCUUCUGGAGUGCAAGGAUGGUAGGUAUGCAUGUGUUGUGUCUCCAAGACAGGAUAUUACAGCAUUUUUCUGCAAUUGUUCUUACUGUUUAUGGGAGCAUUCCUUUGAUACUUGUGGUAUCUUGAUUGCCGCAGUUUUGACUCCAGUUGCUUACUGCCUUUUUAACUUUGGGUUUCAGCUGUUUGUGUCCUCCUUCUCACCUGCUCAUACAUUCAGCUCUAGCCUAGUUCUCUUUAAAACGGCCAGUUUGCCUCAGGGCUAUACCAGCUGAACCUCCAGGUGAAAGCUUGUGUGAUGUAGUGCUCUUGCAUACAGUCCAUUCUCUUGUGAGCCCUCGCCUGUAGUCUUAAAUUGGUACAGCCCUGGCAAAUCCAUUUCACUUUGGCGGCAAGUAGGCCUCUGCACUUAUUACAGUACUAACAUUGCCCUGCACUCAGUCAUUGACAGACUCAUAAAGGUAGCGCUGUAGUCUGUAACUCUCAUUGCAUUGGUGUGGAGGGAAGUCAAGUGGUGGUUGAUCAGCUUAUGUGUCAUCAAAGCAGAAGUCUCUCAAGCCUGUCUGAAGACUGUUGUGAAAGCAGAGUUUAGUUCUAGCUUUUUUAGCUAUAUCCUCAUUUCUUCUAGUACCCACCGUAGGAACUGUGGUAAUCUUACUAGACCUAAGGUGUCAUAAGGCUCUUUGUUUUCUUAGCAAAAUGAUCUGGAGAAGAUACAACUUGCUUCAUUUCCUGUGAUUGCAAACUGCAGUAUAGUAUUUGGUUCCGUGGGUACUCCUGGAGCGGGACGGGUGCAAAUAAGGUGUUCUGGGUUGUAAAGGGAAGCCUGGCACCCUUCUCCACCUUUGCUAUCCAGUACUUCUCCAGCUAGUAACAUCUAUUUUCUGGGGUGUUAGGGAAGGCAGAGGCAUGCUCCUUUGUCUCAAGGUAGACUGGUGCAAAUAACAUUUACUUUCUAGGCAAGUAACUAUUUACAAGUCUGUGGUGGACCAUUCUUUGAUGGAGUUGUUUUGUUACAUCCUUUAAAAUGCUUGUUAAUGUUAAGGAGUGGAUGACAACAUUUUGUUAUAUUUUGUAAUGGGGAGCAAUGGAAAUCAAGGCACAUAUCUUCUAGGUCAGCAUAUAGCUUGAUUUUGGAUGUCUGGCCAAUCAAAAAACAUUUUUCGCCAUGCCUGGUAGUAGAAGAUCCUGAAGGAAUUUUCCUAAGUGGAGGCUCAUCCGUUGCACUCUGGGUGUGCUGACCCCUGCGAUUUCCCUAAAUGUAAACCUGACUGUGUAAUCUGUGGUAAUUGUCAAAGCAUUAACAGCAGGUAUUAACUAAUAACAAAAAGCAAGUUGUGAACAGUGACAUGAACUCUAAUCUGAUACUCCACCCGUUAGACAGUGAUAUUUUAUUCUGAUUACUGCUUGUGUUAUUUUUUUAGAGAAGCUUGCAGUUAUAAUGGUUAGCCAGUGUGAAGCUUUGUUCUGCUGCUCUUUGCCCCCUCACUAUUACAAGGAAAGCAAACUUCACUCCUGACCUUCCUAAGCAUGGCUGCAUGCUUUCUCUGUAUCCCCACCACUACCACCACCAAAAAUGCUUACAUUUUCCAUAUUCCUUAUGGAAGCUUGCAUAUUCCUAAAUGAUACUUCCAUGCACAGAGGCGGUACUGGAUGCUGCGUAAAGAAUGACAGUUGCCUUCACUCUGGGGUUCUGAGUAUCUGAAAGGCAUUUCCCCAGUUUCCAGACAUCCCUUGGUCUUUUCCUGUAAGUCAGUUCUUCUCAUAGGGAAGAUGCUACUUCUAUCUAAAUUAUAAAACAUAAAACAAUGUUGUCCCCUAUAUCCCUAAAAAGCAACUCCUUCCAUGUUGUAGUCAGUACAGUAUGUCAGUAGCAGCCUCUCUUAGUAUGCUUCAAGGAGCAUGUUCCAUAGGCAAGGUUUUGCAUGGAGGUGUUUUCACUGGAUGUUCUUUUGAGUUCAGAGGGUCUAUCAAAGCCAAGGUCUCCUCUAGAAGCAAUACAUUUAUAUUCAGCCACAUAUAUUGUGAGCAGGGGAGCUCUCAUUAAACAUAAUUUGAGGGCAGGUUGAAUUUGCCUCUCCCAGUGGUACUAUUAUCUUUCCAUCUGAUUCCCUCUUGGUCAUUAAUUAUGCCAUGCUGAAGUCCUUGGAGAAAGAAAGUGGGAUACAAUUGCUGGGCUGAGGACUGUGGUGUUUCUGACCAAAUAGGCACCAAUGUUUGGCACAGUAAUGGUCUAGCUGCGACUGUUGCAUGAUGAAUCAUACAUGUUAAUUGAUUUUUAAGUAGUUGUGCCUGCAUGCUGAGAUAGUGAAUUAAAACUCCCAGUAAAUAUUUUAUAGGAGGGACACAGGUGGCGCUGUGGGUUAAACCACAGAACCUAGGACUUGCUGAUCAGAAGGUCAGCGGUUCGAAUCCCCGCAAUGGGGUAAGCUCCCGUUGCUCGGUCCCUGCUCCUGCCAACGUAGCAGUUCGAAAGCACGUCAAAGUGCAAGUAGAUAAAUAGGUACCGCUCCGGCGGGAAGGUAAGCAGCAUUUCCGUGCGCUGCUCUGGUUCGCCAGAAGCAGCUUAGUCAUGCUGGCCACAUGACCCGGAAGCUGUACGGGCCAAUAAAGCGAGAUGAGCGCCGCAACCCCAGAGUCGGCCACGACUGGACCUAAUGGUCAGGGGUCCCUUUACCUUUACCUUAAAUAUUUUAUGCCUUGGUGUCUGGGGCUAACAUCUAAACUAUUCUUUCUCAGAUGCCUCCCAGAACAAUAACUCUUUGCCUGACUUUGAAUCAUUAGCUCCAUAAAAGUUCAAAAUGUGUUGGGGUGCAGUAAUCAGAUUAGUGGAGGCUAGUACUCUAAUUUUGUAUCUUUAUUUGCUGUUUGUGUUUUCUCAAGCUCCUGGCUAACUCCUAGCUAAUGCACAUCUGAGCCAUCUUUGGCCUGUUUUGUCCAUGGUGGGGGUUAGGUCAAGUCAGACUUGUAAAUGUUACUGUAUGAAGCCACAAAUUAAACCUUACUUGUGCAGUUGCCUUACCACAUACAUGUCUAUAGAGUUAAUUGCCUAUAACUGUUUUAGAGGUUUUACUACAACCAAGCGGCAUAUAUUGUUAAAUAAAAAUGAGUAAAAUAUGUCUUUCUUUAGUAUAGGUCAAAGUAAUCAAUAGAUUAGACUUGCCUGGAGAUGUUACUCAUCCAUGCUGAGAGGUGGCUUAAGAACACCCCAGAUUUUAGUUGGAGCACCAGUGGCAUAUUUGAGUUUUGAAUGAGCAGGGGAGAUGAAAUCUGGGUGUGCAAGGGAUCUCCCUAAUGGGAUUUAAAAGGGGAUUGACUGGCAGCUCUGUCUAUUGGAUAGAGAAGCCUGAUAGUUUUAUCUUCUGUGCUUCCAUCUAUGCUUUCCUGCCUCCUAGCAAAUAUUUAUCUGUCAUUGGCCAGGGGCAGCAUGCCAGCAGCCUCCAUGGCCCAAGAUCCAGAAAAGCUUCAAGCAGAGGUGGAGCGACUGGUGGCUGAGCUGCAGGAGGCAACCCGAGAAAAAGUCCAGGCUGCACAGUAUGGGCUGGCUGUGCUAGAGGAAAAUGGUGAGCUCAAGCAGCGCUGUGGUGAGCUGGAAGGCCAGUUGGAGGUGCUACGCAUGGAGCUGGUCCACAUGAAGGAGGUGAGUGAAAGUUUCCCCUGUUCUGCCUUGGGCAAGGAUGCCCUUAGCAUGUUUCCAGCUUGGGCAAUGAGCUCUUAACCAUAAUCUCCUGCCUCCUUCUAUCUUGCCUAGGCUUUAGCAGAGUCCCACAGCAGUCACAAACGGGCAGCAGCUGACGGCGAGAGCCGAGAAGAAUGUCUGCUCAGAGAAACUGCUUCCAAAGAAGCCUGCCUGACUCAGACCAUUGAGGAGCUUCAGAACAAUGUAAAGCAUCUGAGAUCCCAGCUGGACAACAAUGGGGUAGAAAAUGAGCGUAUUGGUGUGGCUCUGCAGGACUUGAGGAAGGUAAUGUGAUUGUGUUAAGAAACUGGGGUGGGGGUGGUCCAUACGGGUUGUAGUUCAGGACUGUCUAGCACACAAGUCUGUACAUAUGUAUUUUCUAAAGUGUAUUAGGUUAGUUGCUAAAUUGAUAAAGGAAUGAAAUAUUUGUACCCAUUCUGGUGAGCUUGAUGAACCCUAGAGGUCAUCCAAAACUUGAAGCUGGGGAGAUGCUUUGGGGAAUCAUCUCAGAAAUCAUGCUGUGCUUUAGAGGUCUUCCGGUGGAGUACAGGGUCAGAUUUAAGGUGCUGGUUUUGACCUUUAAAGCCCUUCACGGCCUAGGACCCUCGUACCUACGGGACCGCCUCUCCCGGUAUGCCCCACGGAGUCCCUCAAGGUCCAUAAAUAGCAACACCGUAGUGGUCCCGGGCCCUAAGGAAGUCAGAUUAGCUUCAACCAGAGCCAGGGCCUUUUCAACUCGGGCUCUGGCCUGGUGGAACGCUCUGCCUCAUGAGACCAGGGCCCUGCAGGAUCUGAUUUCUUUCCGCAGGGCCUGUAAGACAGAGUUGUUCCACCUGGCCUUUGGCUUGGAGCCAUUUGAUUCCCCCCCCCCUUCUUUUUUCUUUUCCUUUCUCCUCCUGCGAUGAGGCUACAUUUUAAUAUUUUAAUGUUUCAAUAUUUUAAUGUAUUUUAAUUUUGUUUUUAAGUUGUAUUCAUUCAACUUAUUUUUAUUACUGCUUGUUAGCCGCCCUGAGCCCGGCCUUGGCUGGGGAGGGCGGGGUAUAAAUAAAAAAAAAAUAUUAUUAUUAUUAUUAUUAUUAUUAUUAAAAGCACAACACAACUAUGGUAACCCUCAUAAUGGGAGGAGGGCCGGGGCUUGUCUGUGUCUCAUUGCUUCCAAGGUUUUUGAAGUACCUCAAGCAUGUUCUACUUCCAUCUCCAAGUUUCAGGGGAGGUCUGCAGUGGUUGUUUGAUUUUGCAGCUUGAAAUGUGUGUCUAAUGCCUCAGAAUGAUAGUGUGGCAAUUCCCCCAGACUUUGAGUUGGGAGGUAACUUGGAGGAUCAUUUCCACAGUUGUGCUAUGUUUCUGAGCUGCUCCGAGUGCUCACACAGUGCAAAAUCAGGAAUAAGGUUUGCCCUUCUGCUAUUGAGAGGACCAAGAUCUUGGCAACCAUAGAAUUUAGCCUUGGUAGCCAGCCAACCGAAAUGUGUGGGCCUCUUUGGUAGUGUAUAACAUAGAAAAACAGAAUAGCAGAAAGGGGGAAUCUAACACAAUGGUCCUACAAACCAGAAUGCAAAAAUGGUUAGCUGUGAAAUGGGAAAAGUAGUAGUGAUUUGUUCCUGGAGUAUUAAGACGUCCAUGAGAAUGUGAGACGUUGCUCCCUGCAUUUUGUUAUUUCUACAGUGUACUCUGGGUGAAAUUCACCGUCAUGCCAUAAAAAUGUUCUGCUGUGGUUGACCACCAAUAGCAGCUUGUACUUGCAGCUUGAUGUAAGUGUUAGAUAUACUUCUAAGUGUGAAACCAUGUGGACACUUCUCCCUCACUUUGAUUUAAUAAUCAAGUGCUCAGGCAUUACUGGGCCAUGUUAAAAAGAUGAAGGGGACCACAGGGACAAUCAUGCUAGCUCUGCUUCCCGUUGCCAUGCUGGUUAUCCUCCAAGUUGGAGGACAAAGCUUUGAAAUGGGGGUUGGGUGGGGUCCCUGUGCUCAAGAAUGUAAGAAGAAUCCUGCUGGAGUAGGCCAUCUAGACCAACUUUCUGUCCUCACAGUGGCUAACUUGAUGACUGUGGGCAACCCUCAAACAGGACCCAAGCACAAGAGGACCCUCCCCUCUUUAAUUUCUAGCAACUGGUGUUCAGAAGCAAAGCUGUCUCCCAACUAUGAAGGCAGAGUGCUGCCAUAAUGGCUAGUAGCCUUAUCCUCCAUGAAUUUGACCAGUCCUCUUUUAAAGCCAUCCACUGUGCUGGUCCUCACUGACUCCUUUGGAAGCAAGUUGCAUGAGCUGUAUGAACAAGUACUUUCUUCUGGUGGAGGCUCCUCAUGCAGCUUUGACCCCCAGAAAAGCAGGGUUUUAAAGCUUAAUGAGGAGCCUCCAUGAAUUAACAUGGAAAAAGAAAGCUUUAAAAAGUGUUUGUAGGUAGGAUGAAGUUGCUUUGGGUAUUGGAUCUUGCCAUUAACAUAUCCUAUAUCAAGUUCUUCCUUAUCCAUUCCUGCCUUGAUGCAAUACCAUAUGAUGGGUGGUUUGUGGCAUGUCUGACUUGGUUCCUGUUUCCCCCUGCCUUCCCAGGAACGUCAGAUCCUAGAAUCCGAGAAGGCCCGGCUAUGUGAGGAGAUGAAACAGAUCAAGAUACGGGAGCUGCGUCAGUUGCAGGACUGUGCUGAACUUGAAGAGGAGAACAUCUCUCUGCAGAAGCAGGUCUCCGUGCUCAAGGGCAGUCAGGUAUUGGUAUCUUCCACAUACUAUAGUGGGCCUGGCACUGACCACUUGAAUGUGUGCCUUUCAUACAGUGGUGUGGACCAAAUGUCAACCACGCUAUUGUAUAGCAUCUGCUUUAUAGGAAUACUGCUUCAGUUGUGUUCACCUGCUUGAAUUUUGCAAAUGUAUGUUUGCUUUCACCUACAACCAUGUCCCAAUGGACCUUUGCUGGCUUGUGGAUGGAAGUGUGGUGAUACUAAUACAGCUGCUAUAGAGACACUUCUAAGAUGGCUGAACUCUGAGCCUUGAUUAGUUGAUUCUGAACCUCAGCAGUCUAGCAGUAUUGCAAGAGCAAUCUUAUAGGACUUAAAACAUGCAACCAACCAUCAUAAACAGUCUAAAAAUAUUUAAAGCUGUAGUUCAAAACGUUAAGGGUGGAAUUCAGUGUCGUACUAAUAUGAACAUUCUACCAGUGCAAGAAUUCUGCUUGCAGGGUAGAAUUCUCCUCUCCUCUUCCCCAUUUGCACUGUUCUGAAGGUUCUCCUGACCCUCCCAAGCUGAUAUGGGGGUGCAGGAGGAGGCAGGGAAGCCACAUUGUGCUACCAGGACUUGUGCCAGCUCCUGCUAGCACAACAUUAGUUGAAUCUAGCCCUGUGUUAAAGUGUUAGCCAUUUAAAAUCUUAAAACCUUUUUAAUUUAAAAAAGAAAGUAUUUGCCUGCUGCUAGAAAGACCGUAGUACAGUCAUACCUUGGAUCCUGAACGCCUUGCAAGUUGAAUGUUUUGGCUCCCGAAUGCCGCGAACCCGGAAGUGAGUGUUACUUUUUGCAACCCGAACGUCCAACAGAACCUCCGCGGCUUCUGAUUGGCUGCAGGAGCUUCCUGCCCCUUGGUUUUCGAACAUUUUGGAAGUUGAACGGACUUCCGGAACAGAUUCUGUUUGAUUUCUGAGGUACCACUAUUAGGAACGCGAAGCAAGCCUCUUAUAGAAUCAUAGAGUUGGAAGGGACCCUGAGGAUCAUCUAGUCCAAUCCCCUGCAAUGCAAGAAUAUUCAGCUGUCCCUUACAGGGAUUGAACCUGCAGCCUUGGCGUUAUCAGCAUUAUGCUCUAACCAACUGAGUUAAGGGUCAUUCCAUAUCAAGUGAUCCAGUUUUUUUACCUCAUGUCAUCCAGUUUUCUUAAUAUUUUCUUCCUUAAUAUUUUGUAAUAUUAAGUUUAAGUUUUGAUCAAUCAACAAGUGUACACUGGAUCACCUUAUACGGAAUGACCCUUAAGAACCUUCAAUAGUUUAGGCAUGGCAGGGGAUGCCUCUUGGAAGGCCUCCAGUGUUAAGGUACUAUUAAUAUUUGUUGAAUUUAUAUUUGUGUUCUCAUUUUUUAUUUUUAUGUUGUGAUCCCCUCGUUAUCUUCAUAUGAAGGGCAGUAUACAAAUUGAAAUUAUAUACAGUGUGUGUGUGUGUGUGUGUGUGUGUGUGUGUGUGUGUGUUUGCCUUUGUACCUGGGAUCUGUGCAAUUAAUUGGGUUUGGAGGAAGUAUUUUUUAUCAGAUUGAACAUAUUUCUCCAAGGCUCUUAACUUCAAAGGGAUCAGAACUCUUAAAAGCUCUGGGGGGUGUAAUUGCUAUACUCAAAUUUGCACCCCACAAUACUGAUUUCUCUGCAGUGGUGUUAAUAGUUGGGGACUGGAGCAGGCCAGUUCUCUCCAUCCUUCCAUUCUUAAGUUCCUUUCCCCUUGCUUUUUACUGAUGCUUAAUUGCUCGCAUAGUCCAAUUUCUGGAUUCGAAUACCUGUUGCUAUGUCUCUUUCUGUGUUGAGUUAAACUAAUUUUUUUUAUAGUUCCACAAUUAUGCAGACAUAUUGACUUUGCUGAUGUCCUUGUUUCACUAAAAAGUAUAGGACCACCACCUUUGCUACUAGGAUAUAGGAUUGCAUUUUAAAAUUAUUUUGAGCUUGUUGCAGAAUAAUGUGCAAGAUGAAUAAAACAGAAUUGUUUAAUAGCUCUUAAAUGCCUGUCCAGCUUAUCUAUGUCAUGAAUAGGCCACUCAAAACUCACUCAGGUUUUCUUGUUUUGGUGUCUGGAACUGUGAUGAUAGGAAGUUCCACAAUACAGGUGCCUGUCCACAAUUCCACAUGUCUGUCUGACACUUACAUAAGAGGACAUGGAAGAAGGGCUUGCUGGUGGAUCUUAAAGGAUGGUGGGGAUUGUUUUCCAUCUGUUGGUGCAAAAAAAAAGUGUAAGCAUGUGUCAUAUUCAGUCAUGCCAAACUGGUCCAAGUGAUGUUGAAGCUGAAAGAUGUGGAUGUCAGUAAUUCAGAUGAAAUACUGGGGGAGGCAGGGCCUGAUGAGCAGCAGCCAACCACCUAGUAUUGUGCCCUUUUUUCCUUCCUCAGGUGGAGUUUGAGAGCAUCAAGCAUGCCCUUAGCUGCCGAGAGGAAGAGCUGGUGCUUGCUGGGACUCAGCUGCUGGAGCUGGGUCGUCUCCGGGACCUGGCAGAACACCAACUUCAGGAGGCACUAGAGGCUCUGCAGGCAGAGCGUGAGCAGAAGCAGGAAUUGCGGCGAGAGCUGGCCAUCUGCACAGGAGGGCGCCAUGACUCCCUAAGCAGCUUGCAAGCCAACCUAGAAGAGCUUAACCACAGCCGUGCAGAGGAACAGGAUAGUGGCUUCGCCAAUGCCAGCAGCAUUGGGAGCAUGGCUUCCACACCCCACAGCAUCCGGCCUGCACCUGGUCUUGUGGCAGACCUCUUCAGUGAGCUUAACUUGGCAGAGAUUCACAAACUGCAGCAACAGUUGCUCCAGGUAAGCAGGUUUAGCUCUGUGGAUCAGGGAGAGGUUUGGUUUCAAUAUGAGAUGACUAACAACGUGAAUUGCAUUCCUGUUGCACAGCGGAGCAAGAUGUGCUAUGUUUUAGGCCAAUGCCAAUGGUUAGCUAUCCCCACCCCUCACCCUACCCCAGCUGGCUAACUUGGGGUUUGCAGCUCUGUUAGAGAUUCAGUCCACUGCCAUGUACUGUGUAUCCAAAUUCUGAAAAAGUCCUUGCCCCAGUCUCUGUAGUUACUGUGUAAUACUUCAAGGGAGGGAAUCAAAUUGUUGAAUGCUCCAUUGUAGAAAAACAAAGCUAGUAUUGGCAAGAAGAUUCUAGUUUAGUCUUUGCCCCUGGUAACUUAUAUUUGAAUGUGCAGAGACUUGUUUUUUACAGGAGGGCAUCAUUUAAACCAAAUUCUUCUUCCUUGGACAGUCCAUCUCUUACUUUGGCUAAUAGGCAGUUGUCAUUGAUCUCCCACACAAGAGUCCUCUGGUGCAUGUGGGGAACUUGUUAGGAGGGAUGUGCUUCAGUUCUCAUUUUAUGCUGGGCUUGGGGAAUAAACAGCACUAGCUGUGCAAAGCCCAGUGUGCUGAUGCAAGGCAAGACCCCUUGUUUUUCCUCUUCCACUUCCCCUCCUGACCAGAGCCCUCUUGUACCUGCAAAGAAUGCAGAGCCUAGGGCUUGCCGAUCAGAAGGUCAGUAGUUCGAAUCCCCGCGAUGGGGUGAGCUCCCGUUGCUCAGUCCCUGCUCCUGCCAACCUAGCAGUUCGAAAGCACAAAGUGCAAGUAGAUAAAUAGGUACCGCUCCAGCAGGAAGGUAAACAUCGUUUCCAUGCACUGCUCUGGUUCACCAGAAGCGGCUUAAGUCAUGCUGGCCACAUGACCCAGAAGCUGUACGCUGGCUCCCUCGGCCAGUAAAGCGAGAUGACUCGUCUGCAACUGGACCUAAUGGUCAGGGAUCCCUUUACCUUUACUUAUCCCUUGCUUUUAUCCAGCCACACGAUUGUCAGAGAACCUGGGGAGAGUGAGUGGUCUCUUGUGCCCAGCAGAAUUAUUCCCUCCCUGUACGCAAGCUAUGAAGAACUUAAAAACUUGUUGACAGCGGCAAGAGUUAUCAUAGCUAGGAAAUGGUAAAAGCAAGGUGGAUGCUGAAUAGAAGAAUGGUACAAAGAAGUGUGGGAUAUAGCGAUUAAUGAUAAAUUAACGUGUGCUAUUAAAGUAAGAAGGGGAAUAUGGAAGAGAAAUGACUUUGAGAAAAUAUGGAGAAUAUUUCUGGAGUUGUUAAAACAGAAAGGAGUCAAACCAUCUCAAGUCUUAAAUUUUUGGAAAUUUAUCAUUAUGAUAAAUGAUAAGUCUCAUGGUGGGGUGCACAUUUCUAUUUGUGUUAUUUUUACUUUAAGGAAAAAUAAAAAAUUAGAGAAGAAUAUUAUUCCCUCCCCAUGCACAGAGGAUGCAGGAGUGGGAUAUCUUGGUGUUGACUAUCUGGCAAGGGCAACUCCAGCUAGAUUUGUAGACCCUUGAUUUUUCCAUCUGUAAUCCUGAAGUGGUCCAGUGCAGCAUUGGAUGGCAUCCCCUAGAACUGCUUGCCAUUCCGUUUUGCCUCAGGCACAGAGCAUGAAGGUAUUACAGCACAAAUAAUGGCCACCAUUGCAAUAUGAGCAAUCAGGCUGUGAGGUCAAAAAGUGGGUUCCUGUUCUUCAAAGCUUAAAAUGUACUGUAAUGGGACUAGUUCCUCUUUCUGUAGGGAGGGGAGCAUGAGUGUGGCAAAAGCUAAGAAAAUGCUAGGCUGGGAAGUGAUUUUCUAAGCAAGGUUUUAGAGAUCAAAAUUAUGACUUGAUAGUAUUGAUCCACAGUGAACUCAAAGGAGCUAUUCUGACUGCAAGUCGCUCAGAUGCCAGAGGCAUUGCUUUCGGGUUUCUACUCUGCCAAUAAUCUUGUCUGUGGAGUCUGCUGUUUGUUUCUGUCUGUCUGUCUGUCUGUCUCCCCGCUCCGGUUGAGCUGGAAGCUUCUCAGUCGCCUGUAGAGUGAGUGGCAGGAAGCCACUAAAGUUAUUCCGAGCAGCUGCACAUCCUGCCCAGCUGGCGUCAUGCUUUGGCCUGACCCUGUUGCACUUUCCCCACCCCCUUCAGGCUGCUUGUCUGCAGAUUAUCUCUCCCUCCUGCCAAGCCAGUUGUCUUGGCAAAGGAGGUUUGAAUGCUGUUCUACUCUUGCAAGGUAUUGGAGACAUUUGUCCACUUUGUCCACUUUUUGUCUAGAAUGCAGCUCUCUCUUCUUCCAUCUUCCUUCUAUUUUUAACAGCUUAUCUUGUAUUAGAGAUCACCCACAGUUUAGAGAGCCUCCUGAAGGUGAAUGCUAUGAUAGUUGAUUCUGGGCCACUUCCGGCUAGCCUCAUUCUGUCCGCCCUUGGCCAAAGGAAAUACCUGGCUGUGAAUCAAAAGCCCUGAAGCUCAGCUUCUUUUUGUAUGGCUCUUUAAAGCCCAGAUGGAAACUUGAGACCUGGGAGUGGCAAGCUCUAUAAAGAGAGAAGCCUGUCUCUUCUGUAUUGAUCCCUCCAAAAGGGUCACGGUUUCGGAAUAGAACUGAGCAGCCUUAAUCUCUGGGGUAAGGCUGCAAAACCAGCGCUGUGCUUGCUCAUUCAGAGCACUUGCCUAUUAAGAGUGCCCUUGCCAGCUACUCCCAGUUUAGUUCCUGUUUUCCAUGCCAGGAUGUAGCUCUGCAAAAUACAUAGCCUGUUAUUGACAUAAACUGCUCUUGAGUAUGUCCCAACAACUUAGAGUUCUAUUGGCCUCCUUGGAUCUGGAUUUAGCUUAUGGCUCAGUUUAUCUCCAUGCCUUGUGUUGGGAAACAUAAACACCAAACGCUCUCCCCAUCCCCUUUCUAAUUUUCUGUUUGCAUUAUUAGGCAGAAAAUGAGAAGGCCUCGCUUGCCUCAGACCUGCAGGACCUUAAGAAACAGCUGAGCAGCACCCAGGAGGCUCUAGCCCAGCAACAGCUGUGCAACAACCAUGAGGUGGAGCAGUUUCAGACCCUGGAUGCUGGCCCUGGCAAUGGCGGGGGCCACCCAUCACCCUGUGAGAGGGAGCGCUGCCAUGAAGAGUUAGAAAAGGCCCAACUGGCAGCCCGGCAGGAGAGGGAGGCAGCUGCUCAGUUAGAAACGGAGCUGCGGGUUGCCCGAAGGAUGGCACGGGAGAGUCAGUCACGGCUGGCGCAGGCCCAGGAAGAGCUGCUGGGUUUUUCUGAGGAGAUGGCCGCUCUGUAUCAUCAUGUCUGUGCCUGCCACAGCAUCACCCCUCAGCGUGUUGUGUUGGACUAUUACCGGGAAGGUCGUGGAGCCCGGAGCAUGUGCAGAAGGCGGUCCUCCCGAAAACUCCUACUCACAGAAAUGGAGACAAGCAGCAGUGGGGACCAGUCCCCAGCCAGCAGCCCCAGUUCCCCCUGUGGGUUGGAGCCCCUCAAUGUGGCCAACCUGACUGCCGUCUUGCGAGAACAACUAGGGCACCUGCAGGUGGCGCUCUCCCUGGUGCAUCAGCAGGGCCUGAUGGGGCACGGUGCCGAACUGGAACGUGACAAGGAGGCGCUGGUGGAGGAGGUGCUGAAGCUGAAGUCCCUGCUGAGUACUAAGCGGGAGCAGAUCGCCACCCUGCGCACAGUACUCAAGGCCAACAAGCAGGUGGGUGCAGGAGUAGCCUGGUUGUGGUGCGAGUCAGCUCUGAGUGAAUAGGAUGGGGAGGGUGAGAAAGGUGUGGGCCUGCAGAUGGGACUGGGAGCACCCUCAGCUAGUGCAAUGAGCACUUUUGGUGGGUUGCCCACUGCCAGUAGCACCUUUUUCAUCUUGCUGCUGCUCCUCCUGCCAAAGAGUGCAGGUAGAGGAAGAAGAAUGGGGUUCUGCUAGGCUACUGGUGCCAAAUGGGCUCAUCAGUGAGAGUUAUGGGAAUUUUCUUACACUGACUGCAAAACUGAAUGUGUUAAGAAGUCACAAAACAGGUAUGAUCAGGCUGUGAGUAUGUUGUGUCUAAAAGUAAAUGAAUCUUUGCCUAGGCAGUAUUUUGCGAUCUUGUAAAUUGCAGAAUUAUACAUUUAUUUUACACAGGUUUCUUCUGUCUAUCAUGGGAAGAGCAAGGGAUUGUUCCAAUUAUUUUUAUUGAUUUUCCAAAUUAUUACAAAUCAUUACUGAAUUAAUUCAAUACAAUUUCCAAAACUGAUUUCCCGCUCUUCUUGCAAGAUAUGUCCAUGAUAGACCCCCGCUGCUGUUAGUUCUCAAUUUCUAGUUGAAAUCACCCCAUAAUUCCAAUUAUAUUUUCCAUCAGCUGCCCCUUUACAACCCUGCAAACAGCAAAUAUAUUUAAAAAAACUUAGUGUGUAUAUUUGAUUGCAGCAUGUGUAGUAUUUCAGUAAGUUCUUAUUUCCAGAUUUCGGCAUUUAUUUUCCAGCUUGAAUAUUUUCACAUGUUCAAAUCAAAGUUCUUUCCCUGGUUCACUGAUUUAUUGCAGUUCUCCUGUCUCCUCCAUCUGUGCUCGCCUUACCCAAACUCACAUUCCUUCCUACUGAUAACAGUGUCAAGCUACAGCAUAAAUUAACUCACAAAAACUGUUUACAGAGAGACCAUUCUAAGAGCAACCCAGCCAUUGGAUUCCAUCACUGCAAUGCCUUAAAAACGUAUUUUCCAUUACAUAUGUCUUUCUCUUUAAAUCAUCCUUUGUGUCUUCCAUCCUUCCAUCAUGUCAGGUUAACUGUGGAUUGUUAUUAGCUGCAUUUCCUCCUCCCACAACAGAAAUAUUUUGAUGGUGGCUUACAACAAUGAAGGCUAGAAACAUGUUCUAAAACUAAGAUUCUCUGGAGUGGAAUUGUAUUCCCAACCUCUCAUUCAGUGCUCCCACAUGAUUUUGGCCCAUAAAUAGGCCUGGAUGUGAUGUGACAUGGCCUGAGAUCACAGGCCCUUGCAUACCAUUUGUUUUAAUGUUUCAUAAGCUGCUUUUUUGGAAAGCCACCAAGAAACAAAUAACAACAACAACAAUCAAAGAGCAGCAGACUGGGGAGGCAGGCUGCAGGUCUGCCUAAAUAAUAAGGUGCUUUUCACUAGCCUUUGGAAAGCUGAUGAGUAUGGGGCUAAGUGGGCCUCCUGGGUUCCAGAGUUUCGGCACAACAGCUGGAAAAAAACCUUGACACAUUUAACCACUAGCUGUACCUUAGAUGGUGGGGAAUGCAGAGCAGGACACUUUAUCUAGGUACCCAGACAGCAGGCCCUGCCUUCCAAAUACCAGUGCCAUAUUUAAGCUCUGGAUGGACUGACAGCAUCCAGUGCAAACCAAGAAAAUGCACUUGGAGGGGGUGGCGGCUUAUAGCAACCCUGUUAAUAGAAUUUCCAAUUGUCUGGGAGGGGUUUAUCCACCCCACUUCCUUUGGCUGCAGUCCUGGGGCACUCUUACCUUCCUGUCCUUGUCCUGUUCUGCUGCUCCUCCCGGGUCCCACCAGUACUGUUCUCUUAACAGCCCUGCAUUGCUAGCAACUAUUGCUGCUUUCCUCACUGUUUGCAGCAUGAGCCCUGUGCUUAGGCUGUUGCUAGGUUUCCUCCAACUUUCCAGGCCUGGGAAAGAAGGCAGAAAGGGCUGCAUCCCAAGAGAGUGGUGGUCUGGGCUUGCAUUCAGUGUUAGAAACUCAGAUAUUUAAGCUAAUCACCAAAUGGCACCUUAAACCUAUGUUAUGAUCACCACAACAUAAUGUCUAGGCACCAUUUUUUGUUAAAAAAAAAUUGAAGCUUGUUGUUAAUUUUGUUUCUAUACCACUUUACAUUUUAAAGAAAAAACAUUACAACACAUUAAAACAUCAAGUAAAACAAACAAUCCAGAAUAAAACAAAUUCAAGCUUCAAGGAAAACACUUCAGAUCCUACUCCAAGUGACAUUUUUCUUUCCCCAUAUUUAUUUACCUACUUAUAUAAACUACUCCAUAGCAGAAGUACUCUAGGAAGCCAGUUUGGAGUAGUGGUUAGAGUGUCAGACUAGGACCUGGGAGAUCAGGGUUCAAAUCCCCACUCAGUCAUGAAGCUCACUGGGUGACCUUGGGCCAGUCACAGCCUCUUAACUUACCUCACAGGGUCAUUGUAGAGAUUAACUGAGGAGAGAAGUUAACCAUGUACUCCUUGGAGAAAAAGGCAGGAGAUAAAUGCAAUAAAUAAAUUCUUCUGCUUACCUGCUUAAAAAAAACUGGAGGGGCCAGCCAGAUGGAGAUGUCUCCCCCCCCCCAAUUUUGUUUAUUGAUUUUCACAAAAUUAAAAACACUAACAAAUAAACAAACAAACAUAAAUCAUAACCUUAUUAAAACUAAUCUUCUUAACAUUGUUAAGUGACUUCCUUGUAUCCCCCAUUUGAAUUUCAUUGCUUAUCAUUUUAACGGUUUUCCAAAUCAAAGUUCUUAUAAUUUUAACUUAAUCGCUUAAUAUCACUCUUUCUUCCCAAUUCAGCAUUAAACAUAAUAAUUCAUCACAUUACUUAUUUAAGUCCUAAGCCUAACUGGUGAUUGCAAGCUUUUUCCAAUUAAUUUAACUUAACGUAUUUAACUAAAUAAUCAUUAAAUUUCAUCCAUUCUUCCUGGUACUCCUCCUCAUUCUAGUCACGGACUCUUCCAGUCAGGUCGACUAGCUCCAAAAAGUCCAUCAUCAUCAUGAUGAUGAAGAUGAAAGAUGGAGAUGUCAGUUGCCAACCUGGCAUCCAGAGAUCUCCACGUGGUUGCAGUUGAACCUGCACCUGUUGAAAAACGCACAUGACGAAUUUCUGGCACAGCUUGCAUGUGUAAGACUGGAUACUGGGAAUACUCCUUGCACAUAUACCAGGAUUGAGCAGUCCUGGGAUCUUUCAAGCACCCUAGGCUGUGUUCUGGAGGCUUCUUGCUGGAGCAUCUUCUCUUGCUUUUAAAAAAAGGGCUGAAGCAAGAAUGGGGCCACCCAUGAGUGUAAUCCUAGAGACACAUAAACUUGUUCAGUCUCUGAAAAAAGGUGCCCUGUUGAUGUGUUCCCUGUUGCUGACCUGCAAGUGAAGUAGCCUCUUGAAGGUAUUUCCUUAUCAGCAGGCUGGUAGCCCCAUGUGCCUGGCUCUUCCAAGAUUGUUCUUGUGGGUGGAAUGGUUCCAGCUGCCUGUUUGAGUCUCCUAUGCAGAGCAGCAUAGAAGGGUGUGUGCGCUAUGUUUGUGUGCCAGUGCUUUAAUGAUGCUUUCUGCAUACGGUAAAGGGUGUUUCCAUGGGGGAGAAGCUAUAGGUCAAAGAAUUGGAUGGGACCUCAAUGGUCAUCUAGUUCAACCCCCUACAAUGCAGGAAUCUCAACUAAGCAUCCGUGAUAGAUGGCCAUCGAACCUUUGCUUUAAAAUCUUCAAGGAAAGAGAGUCCACCACAUCCCAAGAGAAUCCCUUCUACUGUCAAACAGCUCUUACUGUCAAAAAGUUCUUCCUGGUGUUUAGUUGGAAUCUCCUUUCUUGGUUCAAGUCCUACCCUCCAGAGCAGGAGAAAACAAGCAAGCUCCAUCCUCCAUGUAAUAUCCCUUGAGAUAUUGGAAGGUGGCUAUCAUAUCUCUUCUUUUCCAGGCUAAACAUACCCAGCUCCUUCAACCAUUUCUCAUAAGGCGUGGUUUCCAGACCCUUGUUCAUCUUGGUCAUCCCUCCUCUGCAUACGUUACAGCUUGUCAAUAUCCUCCUUAAAUUGUGAAUCCCAGAACUCCAGGCGUAGUCUAACCAAGGAAGAACAGAGUGGUAGUAUUACUUCCAUUGACCAGACACUAGACUUCUGUUGAUGCAGCAUAGCAUAGCAUUUGCUUUUUUUGCUGCUGCAUCACACUGUUGACUGAGGGUCAGCUUGUGGUCUACAAAGACCACUAGAUCCUUUUCACAGCUACUACUGGCAAGCCAAGUGUCCCCCAUCUUUUAUUUGUUCAUCUGGUUAUUCCUGCCAAAAUGCAGAACCUUACAUUUGUCCCUGUUGAAAUUCAUUUUGUUAGUGCAUCAUCUGACCCUUGGCAACCUUCCCUUUUAGACUGCAGAGGCCGCCCUCUCAAACCUUAAAGGCCAGUUUGAAGGCGAGAAGGUGCUGGUGUCGGAGACCAUGGCCAAGCUGCGUCAUGAGCUGAAAGCCUUGAAGGAGGAUGCUGCUACUUUCUGCUCCCUGCGUGCCAUGUUCGCCAGCAGGUUAGGAACGGGCAUCCCAGGGAGCUGUGUCUAUAGUAGAGAAGGGGCAGUGGGGCAGAGGUUGGAGGUAAGCCGCCUCUUGAAGUGGGUGGGGGCUGGCAUUGAGCAUUUGAUCUACUGCUGCUCCUGUUUCAUGUUGGAAUUGUGCCACUAUCCUCACACAAGUGCUGAAACUGAGGACUUGCCAUGUAGAUUUGGAGAAUCAAGUAAUUGUGAUAUUGACUGGUUGUGGACUAGGAAGGCUGGUUUCACACGAUGCAUAGAAAGAGAUGGAAAGCUGCUUAGACCACAGAAGUUGCACAAGAGAAGGAAGCUGCAGGGGGUGAGGUAAUGCUCUUUGAGGGGGUGCUGAACUAAAACAAAACUCCAAGAUGUGCAAUGUUUGUCAUAUUCUGUGCCACCAAAGGGUGGAAUAUAGAGCCUAUAUAUUGCACAACAUAAAACAAAAUUUCUUAGAUUCCUCAUAACUUGUUUUGACAGUUGGCCAAACUAUUCAUAUUAUUGAAGCCCUAUUCCUAUAGCUUCUGAGAUAUUGCCAGGCAUUGCUCAUGCAUUUUCCAAUAUACUUUCACAACCAUAAGGACUAGAAACCAUCCUUAAUUUAAAGGGAUCCAAGAUUUCAGCAAGCAAUGAUUAGUGUCCAGUGGGAUAUUCCAUUCUUUUUCUGGCAUUUGAUGGGACCUGAGUAUAUGCAAAGCACUGAGAGCUGGUGUAAGGCCUGCCCAGGAUUCUGUGGUGUUGAUCCUUUUUGACACUCGCCUUGAACUCACCACCUCCAUCUGUCUCCAGGUGUGACCAGUAUGUGAGUCAGCUAGAUGAGAUGCAGCGGCAGCUGGCAGCUGCUGAGGAUGAGAAGAAGACACUGAGUUCCCUCUUGCGCAUGGCCAUACAGCAGAAGCUGGCACUCACACAAAGGUUGGAGUCCCUGGAGAGCCCGGCUGAGGUGCCACGGGGAAGUAGCAGGAGGGCACUCAGGCCAGCCAAGGGUAGUGCGGUAAGAACAGUUGGAGCAAUGAGUUCUGCUAUGGGUGGGUGGUGAAACAAAACCCCCUGAAGCCAUUUACCUGCUUAGGAUGUAAUGCUGCCCAGCUGCCCAGCUGCCUUUGGGAGUGAUACACAGCUUCUUCAAAUUUAUCAGUUCAAAUUUCGCAUAGAACUGUGGCAGGGUAAUAGCCCUGAGAAGGUGUAGCCUUGAGUGAUGUAUAACCAGUGUACCUGUUCAGCUUUAAUAACACUUACUUAUCCAAGCAAUUAUCUCUGGAGAUGAUAAACCAGGAGAGUCAGUGUGGUAAUGUGGUUAGAAUGUCAGACUAGGACCUGAGGUUCAAAUCCCCACUUGCCCAUGAAGCUCACCACCAGUCACUGCCUCUCAGCAGACUGUUUUGGGGAUUAUAUGAGGAGCUCCAUAGAGAAAAAGGUGGGAUAUAAAUGCAGUAAAUGAAAAUUAAAUGAUGACACACGUGAGAGCCAAGGCUGUAUUGUCCACGGACCAAUAGCAAUCCCCUACCCCACCUUCCAUGCAGCCUUAUGACUGAGAGUUAAUGUGGCACUGAAGCCUUUGUGAACCCACUAGGUGGCCUUAUGCCAGCCCUCAGUGUCCUCCCUCCCACCCCAGUCAGCAAUAUUGGUCAAUAUGUUGGCACCUUAAACAGUUCAAGUGCUGUGUGAAUGCUUAGCUGUAAUGUGAAUAUCUAUGCCAGGGCCAGCACAGGAGAGCUAUAGGAAAACAAGCGGUACUUUUUAACGUAUCUUUCUAACUGUCUUUCUUCUCUCCCUGGUCCCCGUUCUCCUUUCAGAGAUGAGACAGCCAGUAUCCAGUGCAGGAUUUCCAGGCACUUCUCAUUCAUCCAGUGUCUUCCAUUGUGGUCACAGAACUCCAUUCAUUAUUAUCUUUUGCAUAACAUGGAGAAGCCUGGCACCUGCAAGCUGUAGCCCAUCAAGAGGAACCCUGUGCCAGCAGCAGGCCUCCAGCCAGUGUUUGCUUCCUGCCCUCGUGCCUUAAGAGUUAUGUGAAGAUACACACACCUUUUCUCUGUUUGCCUCAGUGCUGACUUUCCUAAGCGCCUCUAACACUGUGCCUUUUUGUGAGACACUGAUGUCUGCCUUAAUGACCAGGGCUGCCUGCUUUGGGUCUGGCUGUGAAAAGAUGGGUUCUUCCCUUCCCCUGAAUUUCUUUGCCCUGCUGUACUCUCCCAGGCCCAUCACUUCUCUACCUGUCUCUCCAUGGGGUUUUGCACAUAGUUAAUGACUACAUUGCUGACUGCACGGAUUGUGGGGAGAAGGAAAACUAGCACCAUGCAGCCAUGAGACAUGUUGUGAGAUGGACCCAGCAGUGUCUCCUGUUAACCUCACCAUCCUGACACCAGCAGUAUAAGAGUAUGAAACAGUUUACUUUGUAGUCUGGAGCAAGAUGAGCCCUGGUUGUUUGCCUCAAAUAAAGAAUUGAUUUCCCUGCAA